CGGACAAAAGAUUUUGUAUUCAAAAUGCUCAUAAAGGAAUACCGUAUUCCCCUUCCGAUGAGCGUGGAAGAGUAUCGGAUUGCGCAGCUGUACAUGAUACAGAAAAAGAGCAGAGAGGAGACAUGUGGGGAAGGCAGCGGAGUAGAGAUCCUGGAGAACAGGCCAUACAUGGAUGGACCGGGAGGCAACGGGCAGUAUACUCACAAAGUGUACCACAUUGGUAUGCACAUACCCAGCUGGUUUCGGUCAAUAUUGCCCAAGGCAGCUCUGCGAGUGGAAGAAGAAUCGUGGAAUGCAUAUCCUUAUACAAGGACAAGGUAUACGUGUCCUUUUGUGGAGAAGUUCUCUAUUGAUAUUGAGACAUACUACAAAACUGAUCCGGGAGACCAUGUCAACGUCUUCAACCUUUCUCCUGCAGAAAAAAGACAAACCAUUCUAGAUCCUAUUGAUAUUGUUAAAGAUCCAAUCCCUCCACAUGAAUACAAAGCUGAGGAGGAUCCAAAGCUGUAUAAAUCAGUGAAGACCAAAAGAGGCCCUCUCUCAGAAGACUGGAUUCAAGAGUACAAGAACAACCCUGGGAAAUACCCCAUCAUGUGUGCAUAUAAACUGUGUAAAGUCGAGUUCAGAUACUGGGGGAUGCAGUCGAAAAUCGAGCGGUUUAUCCAUGAUGUUGGCUUGCGGAAGGUCAUGGUCCGUGCCCAUCGGCAGGCUUGGUGCUGGCAGGAUGAGUGGUAUGGGCUCACCAUAGAGGAUAUCCGGCAGCUGGAGAAGGAGGCACAGUUGAUGCUGGCUCAGAAGAUGGCCCAGUUCUGCAGUGAAAAUGAUACGGAGCAGCACGGGGUCAAAGAUGCUCCAGGUGAGAAGGACGUUGAAGCCAGCGCAGUUUCCCCUGUCGACACAGAGGAUGCUGCUGGUAACAGUGAAACAGCCUCUGGGAGAUCGCUCACCAAGCAGUGGUCCACCUCUUCCAAGUCCUCACGAUCUUCAAAGAGAGGAGCAAGUCCCUCACGCCAUAGUAUCUCCGAGUGGAGGAUGCAGAGCAUUGCCAGAGAUUCAGACGACAGCUCAGAUGAUGAAUUCUUUGAUGCACAUGAGGACUUGUCUGACAAUGAGGAAAUGUUCCCGAAAGAAAUAACCAAAUGGAGUUCCAAUGAUCUGAUGGAUAAAAUUGAAACCCCCGAAUGCGAUGAUGUCCAGGGUGACCUGUAUCACGAGACAUCAGCAGAGUACCAUGUGGGCUCCAGCGUGGAGAGGCUCAGCAUCAUUGAA